UGACAGGGAUGCUGAGAGCUUCGGUGCCUUGGAAAGUGUCUGUGUCCGGAUGGGGCUUUUUUCUUCCUUUGUUUAUGGAUCUAUUUCAUCUUGAUUCCUCAUCCCAUUGGUCUUUCUUCGGUUUGAACUGACUCGGACAGUGUGGGAAAGAGCAUCCGCGAUGUUCUCAUUGCAUGAAGCGGGAUAUAAUAUGCCACUAUAUGCCAUCCUGGAAAUAUUCGCGCUCUACAUCGACACAGAACCGGUCGUCAAUGAACUCAUUACCAUCUAUCCCUGUUUUGACUUGCGUCGCUCAGUCUCAGAGUCAGAUGAGUCCCAUGGGUCGCAAUGGUGCCCAAGACAACCUCAACGUCCACGAUCUGGAGUUGAUGAUGCAGUGGUGUACUAAGACAUAUCGUUCAAUGUCUCAUAAUAGCAAUGUUGAGAGUAUCUGGCAGACUGUCAUUCCACGUGAAGCUAUGCAGCAUCCGGCCCUGAUGCAUGGUAUUCUCGCCCUGUCCGCAUUGCACCUGGCUUCCUCAACAGGAGGAAGCAUGCACGAACGAUAUAUUAAAACGGCAAAGACCCAUAAAGACCUGGCUCUGUCAGGAUUCAAAGAGACAUUCACAAAUAUCAACCAUUCAAAUUGCGAUGCAGCCUUUGCUUUAUGCAGUCUCACCACCAUAUCUUCCCUAGCCUUUCCUCUGAUUGCCGGACACGGCCAGACAAACACGGCGCUGGAUGAUCUUUGCCAGGCUUUCCAAGUUGCAAGGAACUCCAUGAAUGUUCUGGCCCAGAUCGCCGACCAAAUUAAGAGCGGCGAGUUGAAGCCGUUGCUUGAAAAGGACGAAUGGGGCCCCAAGAUGCCGGACACUUCGCGGCUUGCUAUCAUGUCCUUAUCAAUGACGAACUCACAGCUGGCCAACCGGAACCCGAAGCACGAAAGAGAGAUGUUUGAGGCAACCAUCAGAGAGUUGGGGGAGUCUCUAGAAAAACUUGCGCAAGGCAGGGAAGCUUCAAUCGUGGCCUUCCAGUGGAUGUACCACAUCCCACCGAGGUUCAUAGACCUAGUACAUGAGCGACAUCCGUUCGCCCUGGUCAUCCUGGCUCAUUAUGCUGUGGGCCUCCAUUUUAUGAGAAGCCGCUGGUGGAUGGGUGAAUGGGGUGCACGAAUCAUCCAACAAAUAGGUCGACUCCUGGACUCUCAAUGGCGACAAUCCAUUAGUUGGGUAUUGGAUGCUACCGGCUGUUAUAUUCCACCAACUUGACUGCAGCAAGGAUUCUGUUGUGCACCUCAUGAUCGCCGUCACUUCCGUCCUAGUUGGUGUCUUAGGAAACUGUAAUGCCCAAAACCUACUCCGCGGUCGAAGCUCAUUCUUACUGGCAAUGUCGGACGACAAUACCCAGGUUGCGAUAAGAGAGCAGGGCCAAGCUCACAUUCGCGCCACUCAAAGUCGACAC